AUGGAUGAAAAAAGUUCAACAAUUGAAUUCGACACAACUAAAAAUCUACGUGAAGUCGAAAUGAAAGAUGACAAGAGCAAAGAAGCGACUAUCGAGAAAUUAAUCGAACCGACAGUUACAAUAAAUAUCGACAAACCUGUUGAAUCAUCUCCAACAUUGAUCGCACGUUUCGCAGGAAUCGUUUAUAUAUUAUUAUCAGCUAUUAUUUUUACAGGUUCCUUGUUUAUAUCAAAACAAUUAAAAGUAGACGUACUUGAUGCUAUAAUACCCUGCUAUGCAUUGCAUUCCGCGAUAUUGAUUAUCUACAGUAAAUUUAUAAAACAUUAUUCAUUCUAUGAACACUCAAAAAGACAAGAACUAUUUUAUUUAUUUAUUAACGUUUUUUUCUCUACAACGGGUGUUUUUUCUUUUUACUUUGCUUAUCGUUAUUUGCCAUUGCCAGAUUUAAUAACAGUACGUUAUACACAAGUUAUUUGGACGACCAUUAUAACUGCGUUGCUCUACCGCGAAAAACCGUCGAUACCAAUGGUAAUAGCUAUUCUAUUAACAAGUGCUGGCGUAGUGUUUGUUGCUCAGCCGAGUUUUUUGUUUAAUUCAACAUUAAGCAAAUCAAAAACUCAUGUUGAACGUCUAAUAGGUUUAUUCAUUGCAUUAUAUUCUUCCGUAGCACUAUCCAUAAUGAUAAUAUCAAAUAAACAUUUACUAUUGAAAUACAAAACAAAACACAGUUCAAUAAUGGUGCACUAUGCAGUUGUGACAUUGAUUGUUUUAGUUGCUAAAGUAGUUUAUAGUUUUAACAUUUUUACCGAUGGCAUGGAAUCAUUUAGGAAUUAUUUUUUUACUUGGAAUUAUCUGUUUGCUUCAUUGGUUUGCUUAUUGCAUAUAGUUGCAAUAGUAUUAACACAAAAAGCAGUUAAACGUGAGCAUCCAGCAAUAUUUACAAUAGUUCAAUCAAGCAAUAUUUUGUUCUCUCUUAUAUUACAAAAUAUUUUUUCAUCAACAAAAUCUAAUCUUUUAUCAAUAGCUGGUUCAAUACUUGUUCUAGCAAGUAUAGUAAUCAUAACUGGAUUGAAAUAUUUUAAAGAAAAAAAACAAGUGAAACAGUAG